AUGUACCGACCUGGUUACUGGUCGGAUGACCCCAUGGAUGGAAUCCUAGGUGCCGGUAUGGCGCGCCCGGGCGCCACGUCCCGUCGCUUCGAUGAAUACUAUCGCUGCUACCCAGUGGCGAUGCUUCCUGGUCCUGAAAGAGAGAAUGUGAACCACGGUGGCAAGGUCAUCAUGCCUCCCAGCGCAUUGGACAAGCUUACCCGACUUCACAUUACUUAUCCGAUGUUAUUCGAGCUUCAUAAUGGUGCGAAAGAGAGGAUGACGCAUGCAGGUGUCCUUGAGUUUAUUGCUGAAGAGGGAAAAAUAUAUUUGCCAUUCUGGCUGAUGCAAACAUUACUACUGGAACCUGGCGAUCUUCUUCAAAUCAAAUCGACAGACCUCCCUCCUGGCCAGUUCAUCAAACUCCAAGCACAGUCGAUCUCCUUCCUCGAUAUUAGUGACCCGAAAGCUGUGCUAGAAAACGCCUUUCGGAAUUUCUCAUGCCUUUCCAAAGGCGACGUCUUCACUUUUUCAUACAAUGAUCAAGUAUAUGAGAUGGCAGUGCUGGAGACAAAACCUUCUGGGACUAAGAAUGCUGUGUCCGUUCUAGAGACCGACUUGGAGGUUGAUUUCGCCGCUCCGGUUGGAUUCGAAGAACCACAGCGAACUAGCGGGACCAGCACACCCGGUAGCGUCAUUAGCGGUGGGAAGCUUCCAGCUGGUGGACUUUUACACCCCCAUGGCACCAUGGCACAAUCAAUCAACUACUCCGCCAUUGCCCCCGAGGCCACCUCUGCUGCCACAGGUGCCCGUGCGGCAUCAUCCAACUUUUUGUCUGGAGGACAGCGCCUGAACGCUAAAAAGGGCAGCAAGGCUCCGACCCCUAACCCUUCUACUCCUACUCCAGGUGCUUCAAGUUCCUCACAUCCGCUUCCAACCCGAAGAAUCAACGGCCCGCAACCACUUCGACUCCCGCCCAAUCAACUCUUCUUCGGGUAUGCAAUCAAACCCGUCAAACCCCGUGAUGAGAAUGGUUUGGUUGUCCCAGAUGACCAGCCUAAGUUCCAAGGAAUUGGAAAAACUUUGCGUGGGAAGCGAAAGGAUCUGUCCGACUCUGCCACCCCCUCGGGGAGUGAAACUGAGGGCCAAAAGAGCAAGGAAAACACUAAAAAGUCCGACGGUGGGGGUCGAACUUUGGGAAAGCACUAA